CUAUUCCUCCCACUGACACCAAUGAUGGGGCACUAUUCCUCCCACUGACACCAAUGAUGGGGCAUUAUUCCUCCCACUGACACCAAUGAUGGGGUACUAUUUCCUCCCACUACAUACCAAUGAGGGGACACUAUUCCUCCACACUGACACCAAUGACGGGGCACUAUUCCUCCCACUGACACCAAUGAUGGGGCACUAUUCCUCCACUGACACCAAUGGGUCAAGUGUCGCAGCAUGGGUGCCACGUGGAUGGGCGUUGUGAUUGCGGCGGGGGGGGGGGGGGGGGGGGUUGCGGG